GUAGUUUUUUGCGUCUUCAGUUUGAUAGUUUGCGAGCGGAAGCGACUGCCCAAAGGACUGCUUUUCCCAGAAACCCACGCGCCCCAAUUAGAAACGUCAACGAGCCAGUGAACAUUAAGCGGAGCAGACCAAAAUCCCAAACAAGGAAAUGGUGGGGGAAUAAAACGACCAGAUUAUUUAAUUAAUGCAUGUAAUAAUUAAUAUUUUAUUUUAUUGUAAUUUAAGACGUAUUUAUGGGUUAAAAUGGAUUACGACUUCAAAACAAAGCUGGCAGCCGAGAGGGAGAGAGUAGAAGAUCUGUUCGAAUAUGAAGGUUGCAAAGUGGGUCGAGGCACCUACGGGCACGUUUAUAAAGCUAAGCGCAAAGACGGGAAGGAUGAGAAGGAAUAUGCACUGAAGCAAAUUGAAGGCACUGGAAUAUCUAUGUCAGCCUGCAGAGAAAUUGCUCUGUUACGAGAACUGAAGCACCCGAACGUUAUCGCCCUUCAGAAAGUGUUCCUGUCCCACAGCGACAGGAAGGUCUGGCUCCUGUUCGACUAUGCCGAACAUGAUCUAUGGCACAUCAUUAAGUUCCACCGUGCCUCCAAAGCCAACAAGAAGCCCAUGCAGCUCCCCCGAGGGAUGGUGAAAUCUCUCCUGUACCAGAUCCUGGAUGGGAUCCAUUAUCUCCACACUAACUGGGUGCUCCACAGGGAUCUGAAACCAGCCAACAUCCUGGUGAUGGGAGAAGGUCCUGAACGAGGCAGAGUUAAAAUUGCUGACAUGGGGUUUGCCAGACUCUUCAACUCUCCCCUGAAGCCCCUGGCGGACCUCGACCCCGUGGUGGUGACCUUCUGGUACCGGGCCCCUGAGUUGCUCCUUGGGGCCCGGCACUACACCAAAGCUAUCGACAUUUGGGCAAUUGGCUGCAUCUUUGCGGAGCUGCUAACGUCGGAGCCCAUCUUCCACUGUCGCCAGGAGGACAUCAAGACCAGCAACCCUUUCCACCAUGACCAGCUGGACAGGAUAUUCAGUGUGAUGGGUUUCCCUGCAGAUAAAGACUGGGAGGACAUCAGAAAGAUGCCAGAGUAUCCCACGCUGCAGAAGGAUUUCAGGAGGACAACGUAUGCAAACAGCAGCCUCAUCAAGUACAUGGAGAAACACAAAGUGAAGCCUGACAGCAAGGUUUUCCUCUUGCUCCAAAAGCUCCUCACCAUGGACCCCACCAAGCGAAUCACGUCGGAGCAGGCUCUGCAGGACGCCUACUUCCUGGAGGAGCCUUUACCAACCACAGAUGUGUUUGCUGGCUGUCAGAUCCCCUACCCAAAGCGAGAGUUUCUUAACGAAGAUGAACCUGAAGAGAAAACAGAUAAGAACCAGACCCAGCAGCACCAGCAGACGACGGGCCAGACCCAGGGCCAGACCCAACAGCAGGCGGCGGCCCAGCAGGCCCCUUCCCAGCAGAACUCGGCUCAGACCAACGGCACCACAGGGACCACAGGGGCUGCCGGUGGAGGCGGCAUGCAGCAUGUGCAGGACCAGGGCCCGCCCAACAAGAAGCCUCGAAUCGGGCCCUCUGGGGCCUCCUCCGGCACAGGGGUGCUACAGUCAGAAUAUCAGCACUCCAGCUCCCGGCUCGGUUACCAAAGCAACGUCCAAGGGUCCACUCAGUCACAAAGCACCAUGGGAUACUCGUCAUCAUCCCAGCAGAGCUCCCAGUACUCCCAUCAGACGCACCGCUACUAGGAGCCGUGGAACCGCCUCCAGAACCCCUCCUCCACCUGACCCUUCACACCCCGCUUCUGGAACCAGCAGAGGAUGCAACUCCUCAUCUUUAAUCGACACCCAGCAGCCUUCCUCGCCUCGGUCAGACCCCUAAUCUUAGGUGACGUCAUUCCAACUUGGCCUUCCUCCAUUUGAAGCUGCUCUCAUCUGUCAUCUUGUUGUCUGAAACAUGAAGGCAAACACAAAUAGGAACCAUAAGAAAAAAGACAGGUUCUGCCUUGUGGGGUGAAACUAAAGGAAACUAAAUGCAAAAGGGAUGUGAAGGCAUCACGCAAACUGAGAAUUAUGGCACUUAUAAAUGCAAAGUUCCUCAUCAGGAAGACUUGCAGCUGUGUUCAUAUAUGUAUAUUAUAUAGCACCUUUUUCUAUUUGAUUCUUUUUUGUUUUGUUCUCUUGCUCGUUUGCUAGACGUUUGGAGUUUACCUUGAUAGUUGAUGUCACUCGAAAUAUUGUUACACAUGGGAGCAGCAGGAUGCAAUGAAACGGUGGAGGAGCAGACCUUCAUCCUCGUCUCCGUCGUCCAAUCAGAAGGAAAGGAGCGUUGGAGUUAACCCUGUCCGCCUAAAUUCAACCAUGACCCAGAGACUCCUGUUCCCACACAGCAGGGGGGGAACGUCAGCUGUUGAGCUGAUGUCAGUGCAGGGAAAUAUUAAAGCGCAGUUUAUUGGAAGCUUUGUAAUAUAGACUUUGUAUAUUUAGAUCCAAUUCAUCUCAACCUCGAUUUGGAAAGCGAGAGAAGCAGUCGUCUUUAUAGAGCGCCACCUUCUGGAGGUUCCAAUCAGCCCACCGCUUUUUGCCGACGACCAGACUCUCCCUGUUUGUGCCGGUGGAAACUUUGCUCUGAUAUCCAUCUUUUCUCGGACCAUCAGAACUUUGAAGGUCUUUUUUAAACUAGUAUUUUAAACACAGAUGUAACGUGUGCAUUACGUACAGGGCAGCUAAAAUUACCCUGCCUUCCCCCCGAAAUAUGAUUCUUGAGCCUGUUACUGCCUAAUGUCAGAUUUUUUAUUUUAUUUUUAUUUUUUAAGGUUUAAUUAUUAUUACCAAAUGUGUGUGAGAGUGUGUGUGCAUGUAUGAAUUUUUAUUUGCAUGUUUUUUCAAACUUACCAGAAUUGCACUGAGCGCUGAACCCGUCUGCAACGAGCUGGAACAAACGCUGGGUGAGUUUUUGUCACCUAAACUUUUGCCUUUUUUUCUGGGACAAAUUUGCCAAAAUAUGACAAACAGUUGUUUGGCAAUAGCCUCAUUUGGCCACAUUUAGAGAUAAAGGGUGCGUUCUUUACUACCACUAAUAUGUUCAGUCUUUUAAGCUUAUUAACACUAUGAAUGCCACGUUAGUUUUUAAUUCAUUAAAUUUUGGAUUUAUUCUGGCUUUUUACAGGGCCAAAAUCAUACAGUGCACAUGUGCAUGCACCCCACUGGUACUUAGAUUAAGUAUGUCUUUUUAGCAAGUUGCAUAUAAACCACAUGAUUUGUUUUGCCAGCAGCAGUUUUUUUCGUAACUCACUCUUCCUACCAGAAUCGGUCCAGAUUACUGAAAGUUGUGGAUUUUCAAGCACAGAGCUGGAUUAUGAGCAUAAUCCAAACAUUUUCCACAUGUUUAAGAUCAGGAUUGUCCAGAUGUAUUUAUCUGCUUGAUGUGUGAUCUGUUCAGCAUGUUGAAUAUUUGAUGCAGUUAAAUUUGUUAUGCUUGUCAUUUAAAAAUCAUCAGGGAAAAACAGAUCAUGACAGGAUGUUUUUGACGCUGUCAGUCAAAAUGAUGGAGACUGAGAAAGUCUAAACACUCCUCUGCCUGAGAGAUCUGGGAGAUGACCCAUGUCUGUACCCGCCCCCUCAGCCAGUGAACCAACCAGUAGCCGAAUGCUAAUCAAGUCUCGUCUGGCCGGCACAGAAUGGAACCAUAUCUCUUGAUAAGAGAAGCUAAAACUGUGCCACUAGAAGAGUUCUGGGUAGGAUAUAUUUGCAAAGUAAAUUUAGUCUAUUUUUAAAAUUUUAUUAUUUGAGUCUGUAUACUCCAGUUAACAAUUAAUUGAUCAGCCUUAAAACUGAACUAUCAGAUUUUCUUGUGGUUUUUCUGCAACUUUCUGACAGACAUUAAGCCAAAUAUUAGUUUGGGUGUAUGUAUAUGUUUGAUCUAGCAUGUAUAAUUUUGAUGCUGUGUGGAAUAUGUAAAAGUUGUUCAUCAAAUUCCUGUUUUUAAUAUUAAUAGAACACGUCUGGAUCAGCGCUCCUUCGCUUUUGGCUUUUCCCUUUAGGGGGCGCCACGGCAAAUGUUCUGUAUCGCCGCUCUCACCAACCAGAGAGUGUAGGCCAGCCAAUGUCCAUAACACUACACAACCCCAAACAGAACAGUUACGUCCAAAAUUAAUAUGACAUCAUUAGACCUGGUGAGUUUAUGUCAACUUCAGAUUGGCCCUGUAGAUGAUUUGCAUUUCAUAAUUAUCUGGAGUCCAGAUUUGAGAAAACCUGUGCGUGGAAACAAGGAGCUCUGAUGUAGAGCAUUUCCUCCUCUCUUAUUUUUCCCUUAAUCUUCCAGAUUAAAACAGUUCGUCUUGGACCAAUUAUUUGUGCUGUUGGGAAGAAGCAGAAGAUUAUUACACUGCUGCCUUCCUGUCUGCUUGAGGUCUGAGCUUUGACUGGACCAUUGCAAACCUGAGUGAAGCUGACCCCCUCCACUUUCUUCAAAUCAAACGAAUUUGGUGUCAAACGUUUAUGAUUUUUUUUUUUUUUUUUUUUUUUUUUUUUUUUUUUUUGAAGACAUGAAGGAUUUACAUCGUUGAAAGGUCAACCAAUCCUACCUCACACUAACCAAAUAAGAACAAAAUUGGUCAAUGAUUUGUGCUACAUUUGUAAUGGUUUAUGCUGCUGAAAAGGUUUUUUGUGCCAUUAUAAUUUUGUGAUUGGGGCUGAUUGACUUUUUUCUUUUUCUUUUUUCUUUUUUUUUGGCUUAGCCCAACUUUAUUUGAGAAUGGUUGGACAGGAAAGUUGGUACUGAAUGAGGGGGAAUACAUGCAGCUAAGGUCAUCAGACCAGGAAUCAAACCUGCGACGGCCACUUCCAGGACUAACGCCUCCAUAUGUGGGUGGUGCUCUACCCCUGCACCACCACAGCACCUAACCUUUAAAUUUUAAAAACAAUAUCUUCAUAUCUUCAUAACAAAAGCAGCACAAACAUAGCAGAGUUGACCAGUUUUGUCUCUUGCAACUUUCAUUAACAUCUUUAAAAUGAUAAAGGCAGAAACACACAUUUUUGCUGUAUAGGCAUUUGACACCGGUUUGAUUUGGUUUGAAUAAGGUUACAUUGGGGAGAGAGUGUGUUAACUCCACUCAGGUCCAUUUUUCUUAGAUUCCUUGCAGACAGGCCUGACAUUAUACUUGUUCCUCUUUGUUGUGAUCUUCAUGAUGCAUUUCUGUGUGUUUCUAAUGUUUUCGCUUUUGUUGUCAGGCCAUAAUGAGCUCACUACAUUAAAUUAGCGAAACACAUUUAGGAAUCAGUUAGAUAUGAAAUCACCCUUGGUGUUUUUCUACUCCUAUAUUUGCUGUUUAUUGACUGAACAUUAUGAACAAUGAAAGAAUAGAUCAUUUCCUUCAUCCUUAUUGGUCCCGGCUGGUCAUGUGAUCAGUCGUAAUUCAGGCUGUAUUAAAGAACGCACCCAGUGGGUCCAUUAGCUGUGUUUGUGUUUGUCUUCACACAGGCUUUAACCAACAAAGACUUUUUUUAAUUUGCCUUCGAUAGCAUUAGUAAAACACUGACAUCUGGUGGCUGAAAGUAGAACUAAACCCUCUGCUUUCAGUUUGCAGGUCUUGAUUUGUGGAGGCAGGACAAUAACCGGUAAACAACUGAAGUAAAAACAGGACAAACUUUUAGAUGAAUAAAACAGUUUAACAGAAUUAUAACCCACCAGUUAGAUCCUAAAUUCUAUUUCACACAUAAUCUUGAUAUACACAUUGCCAUAUGGCAUCUGUAAAGUUGUCUUCCUAACCUUUAUUUUUGUACUUUUAGUUUUUUUUUGGCUGAGAUUUCUUAGCAUUCAAGCAGAAACUGGAAGUUUAGUUUUUCUCUGUGAAGUCUGUGUGGUUGAGUUAUUUUGUACAAUGUGUUUUUGUGUGUGUUAUGGCAUUUUGGCAGACGGGCCGAAUGGGGAGGGGGGUGGGGUCAGGGUUGGGUUGUACACGACGCCGUGGAUCAAAACCAGCAGCUAUAGUUGAAGGUUUUCCUCCUCCCUUCAGCAUGCAUAUGAGAAGGGAGCUGCAGCAAAGACACCUGAAGACACUUUGUUGUACAUUUCUCUCUCCACAAGAAGCGAGGUGUCACAAGUAUUAACUGAGCUCUAGGCACGAGUGAGUGGCAGGUCACUGUCAAACUACUCCUAUGCAAACAAACCCCAGACUAAAGCUUUCACCCGUGCUUAGCUUCUGCGAUGAUGACUGCAGCACACACAGUGCUCCUACUUUUGUUCACUUCCUUUAAAAUGUAUGUUAAAUGUUCUAUUGUAAAAAAAAAUGCAUAUAUAUCAAUAUUAUACUAUCAUAUUUAUUAUUUCCAUGCAUCUACAUCCAGCGGACUUUCCUCUGCCUUAACAAAGACAGCUAUAGAAAUGAACCCGGCAUGUUUUUAAGCAGUAGCCUACUUUUCCUCCACCAGCACGUGGAUAUGGGCUAUGGGUGCACUGAUUGCAGAUUUUUGGCCGAUCACCGAUCCUUAAAAAGCCUGACCUGCUGAUUCUAAUUAGGCCAUUUUUUUUGUCUGAAAUGUUGCUAAGUUGGCAACAGUGGGUUGACUAUGAUUAACCGUACACAUGUAGAUGUGAGCUGGUGGGCGGGUCUAUCAGUCAAACUUCUCAUGGCUGAUUUCCAGACCUUUGCUGAGGUCGAUAAGAUCAGUGGAAAAGAUCAGCUUCACAUCAGCCGAUCACUGAUGUCCCAAAGUUAAUGAAAUUUAUUGGCCGGCCAAUUUAUCAGUGCACCCAUAAUAUGGGCCCCAUGUGGGUGUUGGUCAGGCAGGUUGAUUUGGGCUCUGUGUAGGGUCCAUUUGGGUUGUUUUAUGAACGCCUUCUAGUCUGACCCAGUUGGGAAGCAGGGAUAGCUCCUAGCUGGGUCAGUCUGUUAAUACCUGCCAGAAACUGCAGGGCUCUUGUGGGCCCAGAUUUCCAUCAAACGUCUACAGAACAUUGAUAUUGGACCAUGGUACAGUUUUUGCAAAAACAUUCAUACUCAUUCAUGCAUUUCAACUUUUGAAAAACGUUAUGUGCACACAAUCCUCAAGUUGUCUUUUGGGGAUUUUAUGUGAUAAACCAAAACUCAGUAGUUCAUGAUGGAGGUAGGCACCAAAAACUCUGGGGAUUAAAUUCUACAUUGAGCUUUAGGUUGUUGCAUAUCGAUCAGAUUCUGAUCUAUUGAUUUUAAACUUGCAAACCUGACAUUGUAA